UAUAAAUACAUACAAAACAUAUUGAGUUAUUACUACCACUACUAGUAUACACACUAGACACAAACUAAAACAUUUUCCUCUAAUUAUUAUUAUUAUAAUAAUCUCUUCCACCAAUGGGUUCUCUUCCUCAUAUCGUGGAAGAUUGCAUGGGAGUCCUCCAACUCUACAGCGACGGCACCGUCCACCGCUGCUCCGACAUGGCCUUUAAAUUCCGACCAUUCUACGAGGACAACUCCGUCGUCUUCAAAGACAUGGUUUACGACCAAAAACUCGACCUCUCACUCCGUUUGUACAAGCCCAAAUCAACCACAACCACAACCAAAAUUCCCUUAGUGAUUUACUUCCACGGCGGCGGCUUUUGUGUCGGUUCUCGCCUUUGGCCUAACUGUCAUAACUGUUGCCUCAGGCUUGCCUCUGGCCUGGGAGCCUUAGUAGUCUCCCCAGACUACAGGCUUGCCCCGGAACACAAACUCCCCGCCGCGGUAGAAGAUGCCGCGGCGGUAGUGGAGUGGCUGAGGAGAGAGGCUGAUCAUGAUGGUGAUGAGGAAUAUUGGUUGAGUAGGAAAGUGAUUGAUUUUGAGAGGGUUUUUGUUGUGGGUGAUUCCUCAGGUGGGAACAUGGCUCACCAUUUGGCUGUCCGGGUUGGAACCGGGUCGGUUCGGACCGAACCGGUUCGCAUAAGAGGUUUUGUUUUGCUUGCACCGUUUUUUGGUGGGGUGGUUCGGACCAAGUCCGAGGAGGGACCGGGUGAGAGUUUGUUGAGCUUGGAUAUGUUGGACAGGUUUUGGAGACUAUCAAUGGGAGAAGGAGAAACAAGGGACCACCCAUUAGCGAACCCUUUGGGACCAAAGAGUCCAAGGCUUGAAGAAGUGGGUUUGGAACCAAUGCUAGUGAUUGUGGGUGGCAAUGAAUUGUUAAGAGAUAGGGUAGAGGAGUAUGCCAUGAGGUUGAAAGAUAUGGGUAAGAAUGUUGAAUACGUUGAAUUCGAGGGUCAACAACAUGGCUUUUUCACCAACGACCCUUACUCCCACAUUUCUAACCAUGUUUUGCAACUUAUUAAACGCUUUAUUCUUCAAAACUCAUCUAAUUAAUAACUAAGCAAUUACAUAUCUUAUAUAUAUAUAUAAUAACCAUUAUUGAUAGUACUGGUUAAUUAUAUACAUAUAUUAAUAUUAUAUAUAAGUUCACUUUUGCAUAAUUUCUCUAGCUUUAGCUCACGCAUUAUGCUUUUCAUUUUAUAUCGUUUGAGGUGAUAUAUACUUAUAUGGUAUAUAUACAUAUAUAGAUCGUGUAUGGAUGAGUGAGAGUCUUUAUAGACAAAUAUUAUUUUGAGGUACUUUCUCUUUUUGUUGUUUAUUACAACGAUGUUAUCGUAAUGUAAAUAAAUGUAAACAUUUUUAAUUACAACUUCAGAAUAAUAUUAAAAAUGGUACUUCAGUU